AAAGCGGUACUAAAACUUCUUCAGAUAAAAACAAGUCAAUAAACCAUAGUUUCCAGUAAAUUUAAUCAAUUCCCAGCAUUAAAUGGACCCUUCAUUUGAAGUAAUUAUGAUUAUAAUUGCAGUAAUUGUGUUUCAUGUGCUGAUAUUUCGAUGGCUGACGAGAAAAAGCAAAGAUAUUUACGGAAAACACGUAUGCAUUACUGGAGGAAGUUCUGGAAUUGGUCUUUGGGUAGCAAUUAACGCUGCAAAAAAAGGUGCUGAUAUCACAAUCGUAGCUCGAAACAUUAAAAUUUUAGAGAAAGCCGUUAAUGUCAUUAAAGAGAAUUGCGUCAGAAAUGAUCAACGAAUCGAGUAUUAUUCACUCGAUGUAGCAAGUGGACAUAAAAAUAUUCAGACAUCAUUUAAAGAAAUCGAAGAAAAGUUGGGAGAUAUUUACAUGCUAGUAAAUUGUGCCGGAAUGGCCAUUUGUGGAACUAUUGAGGAUACAAAACCUGAAGAUGCUAAAUUUAUGAUGGAUCUCAACUAUUUAGGAACAGUUUAUCCUAUUCAAUAUGUUUUGCCAAAGAUGAAGGCUAAAAAGGAUGGAAUUAUUGUGCUUACAUCUUCUCAAGGAGGUUUAAUUGGAAUAUACGGAAUGGCUGCUUACAAUGCCACUAAGUUUGCACUUCGUGGAUUUGCAGAAGCUUUAUCUAUGGAAACUAAGCAUUUAGGAAUUAACGUUACGUUAAGUUUACCUGCAGAUACUGACACGCCUGGAUUUGCUAAUGAGCAGAAAUCGAAACCAAAAAUCACACAAGAAAUUUGCAGCGGUGGAGGACUUUUCAAGCCUGAAGAUGUCGGUAAAAAGCUUCUUGAUGAUGCUUUAAAAGGAAACUUCUUUUCAAUAAUGGGUAUUGAAAGCUGGAUUUUGACUAUUUUAUGUGUUGGCAUGUCUCCUUGGAAAAAUCCUAUUUUGGGAUUCCUUCAAUGCUAUUUGAUGGGUGUUUUAAGAAUGAUUAGUUUUGGGAUACAGUGGAAUUUCGGAAGAAUAGUCAGAAAGUAUGAUAAACCAAAAGAAAAGUCUAAUUAAAAAAGGAUGUUUUUUUUUAAAAAAUUAUAUUACUUAUCACAAUAAAUGAUUAAGAGGACUUUAUUUUCGAGCAUUUAAACA